AUGCAAGGCAAUGACGAGCCCUUUGAACAAUUUAUGACAGAUAUACAGAUUAAAGUGAAAGACUGUCAAUAUACCAAUGGAAUGCGAGAAGAAAUGGUGAGAGAUAGAAUUGUGAUAGGAAUCAGAAACCCCAAAAUUCGCGAGAAAUUGAUCAACAUAGGAUCUGAUUUGACAUUAGCCAAGGCUAUAGAUGUUACAUUUGAGGUUGUCCGAGGAAAUGUUAAAGCUAUAUUGGGAGCUCAAACCUGCUCAAAGAUGGGAUUAGUACAGAGAAAACAACCAUCGCAGGUGAAUGAAAUCAGGGAAACGUCUAUCCCAGAUGAUAUUAAGCAUGAUUAUGGAGAUAUAUUCAAAGGCUUAGGGUGUAUGCCAGGCACUCACACAAUCAAGACCGAUAGUACCGUUACACCAGUUGUUGACGCGCCACGUAAAGUUCCGUUUGCACUCAAGGACAGAAUAAAAAAGGAGUUGGACCGUAUGGAACAGGAAAGUGCAAUCGUGAAACAGGAAGACCCUACACAAUGUGUUAAUUCUAUGAUGACGGUAGUAAAACCUAGCGGAAAGAUACGGAUUUGUAUAGACCCAAAGAACUUAAACAGCGCCAUAUUGAGAGAACAUUUUCCGAUGAAAACUGUAGAGGAUGUUAUCGCGAACAUGCCUCAAGCCAAAGUGUUCACAAAACUCGAUGCUACUCCUGGUUUUUGGCAACUGAAACUUGAUGAGGAGAGUAGUAAACUUUGCACUUUCAACAGCCCAUUUGGGAGGUACAGUUUCAGAAGAUUACCAUUUGGUAUAAAAUCAGCGCCAGAAGUGUACCAGAGAGCCAUUUCAGAAAUGGUAAAUGACCUAGAAGGAUGUGAUGCAAUCGUCGAUGAUUUGUUGAUAUGGGGAGAAAACAUUGAACAACAUGAUGAACAGGAAAGUUCACCACUUCGGAAACUACUAGUAAAAGACACCGAGUGGAUUUGGGAAAAGGAACAAGAGGAUAGUUUCCAGAGAUUGAAACAACUUGUGACUGAAGCACCAGUUCUCCGAUACUAUGAUCCAUUUAAAGAGAUAACGCUAACUGUUGAUGCUAGUUCUACAGGACUUGGAGCAGCACUGAUCCAAGAUGGACAGCCGAUUGCCUAUGCCUCGCGUGCAUUAACAGAAACACAACAGAGGUACGCGCAAAUAGAAAAAGAAACAUUGACAAUAGUAUUUGGAUGUACGAAAUAUCACCAAUUUAUAUUUGGUCGAGAGGUCACAAUCGAAUGGGAUCACAAACCGUUACAAGCGAUAUUCCGAAAACCACUCAACCGUGCUCCACCAAGACUACAGAGACUGUUGUUGACAUUACAGAAAUAUACUCUGAAUGUUGUGUAUAAGCCAGGGAAGACCAUGUAUCUUGCCGAUGCAUUGAGUCGGAGCUACCUAAAGGAGACCAGAGAGAACCUUGUUCCAGAUAUUGAUAUUGAAGUAAACCAGAUUGUGUCAUACUUACCAAUUUCAUCAGAGAAAUAUCAAGAGUUCAAACGCGGGACCUCAAAAGAUGAAGUAUUGUCACAGCUCAGAGAAAUUAUCAUCAAUGGAUGGCAAGAGAACAAACAUGAAAUACGAGAGACAGCUCAUCAUUAUUGGCCAUUCAGAGACGAGCUAUCAUGUAUAGAUGGCCUACUGUUCAAGAGCCAUACUAUCAUUGUUCCCAAAACAUUACGUCGUGAAAUGCUCAAAACAAUCCAUAGUUCACACCUUGGAAUCGUAAAAUGUAAAUUGCGGGCACGCGAACUACUGUACUGGCCGGGGAUGAGUUCUGAAAUAGAGGACACAGUGUCAAAAUGUUCAACAUGUGCCACUAACUCUAGAAAAAAUCCAAAGGAGCCAUUAUUAAUGACGGAAAAUCCGAACAGGCCAUGGUCUGUUAUUUCCGCUGACAUAUUUCAAUUUCAAGGACAUAAAUAUUUGGUCACGAUUGGCCAUUAUUCAAAGUGGCCGGAGUUGUCCAAAUUAGACAAUAUGAGUAACAAGAACACUAUGUUAUAUCUCAAAAGCCAAAUGUCGAGAUAUGGCAUCCCUGACAAGCUCAUUACAGACAACGGUCCACAGUUUGCUAAUGAGGAAUUCAAGAAAUUCUCAAAGACAUAUGGAUUCGAACAUACAACAUCAAGUCCCAGAUAUCCGCAGGCGAACGGACAAGCUGAAAGAACUGUGCAGACAGUAACAAACAUAUUAAAGAAAUCUGAGGAUCCAUAUAAAGGCUUGUUAGCUUAUAGAAACACAGUCAUUGAAGAUUUAGGACUUUCACCAGCUCAAAUGUUUUUUGGUCGAAGAUUAAAAACAGAUAUACCAACAACAGCUCCAUAA